AUGUUGAAACGUCUGGGCGCAUCGGCUCACGUCUGUCUCAGAUGUCAAAGGAAACAGAUCAAAGAGAGUCUUCUUCGGCCUUCGAACAGACUCGGAGCCCCGAUCACAUCUGCGGCGAGAAGAUGGCAGAGCAAUGUCGCCGCCUCUGCCGUUCCUCCCCCUGUUGAGCAGGGCGAUGACAAUGGAGGAGACGAACAUGAACCCUUUCCCCGUCGUCGGGAGGAUUCCUCUCAUACGAAAACCGCCUCUCCGCACAGAAAUCGGCAUCGAACGUCGAUACGACAUUGGAAACCCACCCGAACCGCAGAACUAGGCGUGAACUCGCUAGGGAAACCCGCCGAAAUCCUGAUUCUCCCCUCUACGGACCGCAAGAUACCGCAGGUUCCGAAGGAUGGAGGUGACAACAAGAUCGUCAAGGCCAUGAUGCGGCAGGCCAUUGACUUUGAGAAGCAGCCUCUCCAACUGCAAGAGUUGAAGACCAACAUCGAGCAAGCCAUGCGUCUGCUAGGCAAACAACGCGGUCAGCUGGAAUACAGAGAGUGGAGCAUGUUAAAGACACACUUGAUGAAGGGGUUCACAAGAGACCAUUUGAAGCACUAUGUCAUGUCCCACGCAGACCGCUUCAAGGAUGGAAUCGCAUAUGUCAGGGUCCUUGAAAGAGGUAAACUCCCUUUGACCAAGUUCAUUGUGGAAGAAAUCUGGGGCUUCACCAUCCCGAUCGCAGUGUUUGAAGAUUCGGAUCAUUCAAAGAAAAAUAUCAAGGCUGAAUUUCGAGCCGGGGAUGAGAUUUUGGACUACCUUUUAAACGAUGAAGGCCAGCAGUUGAAGAAAAUAUCCGAAUCUCAUCAGGUCCAGAUAGAUGUCUUCCGAUCACAGCAAAGGCUCCGUGUCCACGGAACAGCAACCAGGGUGAACUUGGCUUCGUCCAUGAUGGCUCGUCUCUUGAGAAGCUUCACUAUCAUCUCCAUUCCCUUCACUAAGAAGUCUCUGAACGAAACAUACGCCAAUCCGGCUUUGCAAGCUCUUGUGAAGCCUUUCUUGAGAUCCAUCGAGCAAAAGUUUCACGUACGCAUCAUUCUGUACCCGAACUGCAUUAACAUCGUGCACCGCGAUCGACCCAAGGCCGCCGACCAUGCUCACAGAGAGAUUCGACUGGCUGCUGAGAAGUUUUCUGAAGAAGGUCAACAGGUAUUCUUGUACCAUGAAUCUUCGAUGAGCGAUACAGCCAUGGCAUCUUAUCCGACACCGGCUGAACUGCCAUGGGGCUUGCGUCAAUUACCCUGGGCAAGGCUUGUAACAUCAAAGACGCCUGCCAACUCCCACGAAGUGGGUCGUCCUCAAGCCGAAGUUGAGCCAUCAGUCAUUGAUCAUAUUGAAAAGAGUUUACACAAAACUAUACCUCUCCCUACUUCUCGCGAGACUUUGCACUGCGAAUUUUCCGUCAAAUUCGGGAAGGCAUUAUGUCAAGACUCUACAAAUGUCGAUUCUACUGCAGUUGUUGAUGUUAUGUCGAAGGCGAUGCGUUCGCAACCGGCGGGUGUUUCAUCAGAAAAGCUCACCGAGGCGAAGCAAGGGACAGAGGGGCAUGGAAAACUAUCCUCCUUCGGCGAAUCGUGCUUUAUCGGAGACAUACCCUAUCUAGCUCAGCAGCUUGCAACAUUAAAGCUCUGGGAGCCACCGCAAAGGCACGAUACUGAGGAGAUCCGCCGAGACGGCUUGCUGACCUUACGCCUCGUCCUUGUGCCCAUAACCAAGCCCAAGCAAUACCCUAAAUUUGAGGUUGUCAUUGUCGCAGGCAAAUCUCGAGAUGGGAAAACAAGCUUAUCACUACGCAGUAUUGCUGCUGUUUUCUCCGAGAAAUCCUGUACAGUCCUCUGUCCGAACCUAGAAGCUGAUAUGGAGGUCUCUGCACGGCUUAAACGGGACGUCUGGUAUCCAGGCAAGCAGGAUCCAACACCUUUUGACAAGUUGCUGCGCGACCUCAAAAAUUACAUAUCCCGAGCUCAGAACCCGAAUAGGGCUGACUGGGUUUUUGGGCCGUUUGUCAAUCUGGGCUUCCCCAAACACUCGCCUGACUCUCUUGUUGUGAGUCAGCAGGGCAUUGAUGGUAAGAUGCCGAGACACCAACAUGAGACGGAGGUGACUGUGAGCAAGCAAGAAUCUCCCUUUGAAAAAGUUGUAUACAUGUUGCAGAGCGUGGAUGCCGUCGACGUCGAUUCGAAGUCUAUCUCAGUGUAUGAGCAGGGCAGCGAGGGAAAGAAUGAACUAUGCUUGGAACAUCUCACACUCACAGGCUCAAGCACAACUAAACAAGAACUUCGCUUGGCUACGCAGUCGUAUUUGUCUCCACCGUCACUUGAUAACCCCGACAUUCGCCUCGUCACCCGAGCUGGUCUCGCGUUGGUGGAGCGACUGGGUAAUGAUCCCACCAAGACAAAGUCGUCUCAAUUAGGUGAUGACGUUCUGCUUCCUGAAGUCCCACAUAACGCUAUGACUUCAGCUUCUGGAGUCAUUGAGACGACGAAGGUGAAAGAUAGUCAGUCUCGUUCGAAAAAAGCCUCAGGCGGUGGAUCCACAACAAAGAGAUCCAAAGCCCCGAAGCGAGAUCGAGGGAGAAGCGCCUUCAAGGGCACCAAGAAGAGUCCAGCGAAGCCAGCGCCUGAGAACGCCAAGCAGGUGAAAGAACAGUCCGAAGACGCUGUCGACAAGUUGGUGGGAAGAUCAGAGGAGCCAGAGAAAGCGACGCCUAAGUCGAAAAAGGAUCGAAAGUCGACAAGGACUCUGAUCAAAUCUUCCAAAGCUGCAAAGUCGAAGUCGAGGGCAUCAGCUGCGAGUACAAAACCUAGCGUGAAGGCCGAGACCGAGACCGAUUCAUGA